AUGGCCACUGCUAAUCCCUAUAGUGCUCAAGGCGUUCAAACAAAGGUCAAGGAGGUGCUUGCCACUCUUGAUACCCAAUUGUCUCAGUUCAAAUAUGCCAAUGAAUUUGAGCAAAGAACUGGUGUUCCCAAGAGCUAUGUCGCUCUUGGUGCUGGUGGUAUCGCUUUCUUGAUGAUUUUUUUCAAUUUGGCUGGACAACUCUUGACAAAUGCCAUCUCUUGGAUCUAUCCUGCUUAUGCCUCUUUCAAGGCUAUCGAAACUGUUGACAAAGCUGAUGAUAAGCAAUGGUUGACUUACUGGACCGUUAUUGGAUUCCUCCAAAUGGUUGAGUACUUUUCUGAUAUCCUCCUCUACUGGUUCCCCUUCUACUACCUCUUCAAGACAUUGAUUGUUCUCUACUUGGCUUUGCCUCAAUUCAGAGGUGCUGAGACUCUCUAUGUUCGUUUCUUACGUCCUUACCUCCUUAACGCUCAAGGUGGUAUCGAUGCCCAAACCGAUAAGCUCAAGGCAAAACUUAGCGAAUUCACCGGUGAUGCUAGCAAGACUGAAUAA